AGGAAGCCCCAUAUGUUAUGUUCAAGAAAAACCAUGAUACGUUUGAAGGGAAUGACAAGUUUGAAGGAUACUGUGUAGAUCUGGCGUCAGAAAUUGCAAAACAUAUUGGUAUCAAGUACAAAAUUGCCAUUGUUCCUGAUGGAAAAUAUGGAGCAAGGGAUCCAGAGACAAAAAUCUGGAAUGGGAUGGUGGGAGAACUUGUUUAUGGGAAAGCAGAGAUUGCUGUUGCGCCUCUGACCAUCACUUUGGUACGAGAAGAGGUCAUUGAUUUUUCUAAGCCUUUUAUGAGUUUGGGGAUAUCCAUUAUGAUCAAAAAGCCCCAGAAAUCUAAACCAGGAGUAUUUUCCUUCUUGGACCCUUUGGCGUAUGAGAUCUGGAUGUGCAUAGUCUUUGCCUACAUUGGUGUCAGUGUGGUCCUGUUCCUAGUUAGCAGGUUUAGUCCAUACGAGUGGCAUACAGAAGAACCAGAGGAUGGGAAAGAAGGACCCAGUGAUCAGCCUCCCAAUGAAUUUGGCAUAUUCAACAGCCUCUGGUUUUCCCUGGGUGCCUUUAUGCAACAAGGAUGUGAUAUUUCCCCAAGAUCCCUCUCAGGUCGCAUUGUUGGAGGUGUCUGGUGGUUCUUCACGCUCAUCAUUAUUUCAUCCUACACUGCUAACCUCGCUGCUUUCUUGACUGUUGAGCGAAUGGUCUCACCCAUAGAAAGUGCAGAAGACCUUGCCAAACAAACUGAAAUUGCUUACGGGACACUGGACUCAGGGUCAACCAAAGAGUUCUUCAGAAGAUCAAAAAUAGCAGUGUAUGAAAAGAUGUGGACCUACAUGAAAUCAGCAGAGCCGUCAGUGUUCACUAGGACUACUGCAGAGGGAGUAGCUCGUGUCCGCAAAUCCAAGGGCAAGUUUGCCUUCCUGCUGGAGUCCACCAUGAAUGAAUACAUUGAGCAACGAAAGCCUUGUGACACCAUGAAAGUGGGAGGAAAUCUGGAUUCGAAAGGCUAUGGCGUAGCCACACCGAAGGGUUCUCCAUUAAGGUGGGUGGAAUAGUAUAACAAUAUAAAAUGUGUUGUUAUAGUAUUCCACCUUCCCUGAUGUCCCUGAUAUAGCUAUUUUUUUGUUUUGUGUGUGAACAUGGUAUGUUGUUUUUCUUUUCUUCCAUUUCAUAUUUUGUUUGAUCAGCAAAGGUAACAGUUCCUAAUUGCAAUAUGGAUUUAACAGCUAUAGUUGGCAUACCUUUCAAGGCCAUAUAAAAACCAAACUGGUUGAACACUAGCUACUUGAAGUCAGCCUCAAUAGAAUUAACAUCAGCUAUUCUAUUUCAUUCAGCUUUUUUCACCAAAACCAACCCUUUAUAGAGUAUUAUGCAUACAUUAUUUGCAUCAGUAGCUGCAUCAAUAAUAAUGCCUACAUUUUAUGUUUUGUUCAUUGAUCUUGGCUGCCAAUUUCUGAAAAAGAAGCUGCUUUUAACAUUUUUUUUUCAAUUGUCAUCACUUAGAGGCAAUUGUUCUUUCAUCACAGAAACUUAAUUGAAUUGCUUCUCUUAAAGCACCUUCUUAUUUAGAAAAAAAAAAAAAAGGUUUUGUUUCCAGCAUAAUGCAUUUCAGUACUGCCUUCAAAGUCACCAGCAUUUUUGCUGUCUUGGUAUAAAACACAGUCAAGCAGGAGAGUUUUAGAUUCACAAACAAAACAUUGUUUGUUGUUCAUUUGGAUUUUCAAGGAAACAUAAGUCUAGGUACUUCUCUGUGUUGCAACUGGCAAUAUUUACCAUUGUGAUGUCUUCAGCAUUUAAUGCAAACAAAAGUUGUCUUUUUCUUAUGGUAGACUUGCCAAUUUUCUUCAAAGCAUAAGAGCAACUAGCAGAUUGAGGGAAUAUGGCCUGUGAUGUCUUACAGCAAUAGGGUGCAUGGGAGUUGGGAGAGGGAAUAGCCAUGGAACAACCAGCAGUCCCUGCAGCAAUUUCACUCAUGUGCUCACAAGUAGGGGUUAAAACAGUCUCUGGUAACACAGUCACUAGUGAGAUAAAGGAGGUGCUGCAGGUGCAAAUAGAGACGUUAUUUUGAGUAGGAAGUAACUGGGGAUAUUUGGCUACAUUCAUGACUGCAGAGGAAACAACUUUACUACUAUUCAAUUAACUAGGUUAGCUCUUAACUCACUGAUCUAACCCGCACACAGUACCACAGACCUCAAGCCUUAGCUGUGCCACACUGAUGAGAAUGGAAAUAUCACCAUGUCCAUCUGCAGCAGAAGAAAAGGGGUGUACAUUCAAGGGAAUAUCAGUCCAGUUAUUGCCAGGAUUGAAUAUUAAUUUUUGGUCUUUAACAUUCAGUACCUCUCAGAUUUAAAAACUGACACCUUUGCUAUUGAAUGGAGUGGUAAGAGAACAUAAGGAGAUGAGAGAGGGAAAAUGUCAACAGUAAAAUACUAAUUGUAAAGAAAUUAUGUUCAGAACUCAUGGGGCUGUAAAAGCAGAAGACAGUAGAUAAUAAAAGAGUAGUCAGUUAUCUGAGUAUUUUUCCAAAGCACACAGACAUAUAUUUUUAAUUUUAUAUUUAUAAUAUAUUACUGUCUGUCCUCUCAGUGCUGCAGAGUACCUAGAAGAGUUAGGCAGCACUGCAGUUGAGUGGAGCUGCUUUCCUUGCAGCUUAGAUAAUAAAGUGCCCAAAGUCAGAGCAAACUUGUUUAGAAAUCAUUUUAGCUGCUCACGUAUAUAUCCUAGCCAUGGUCUGUUUGCCCUGAGCAUGCUUUGUGGUGCUCUGUAGUCCUUCUCCGUAUUUUCUGCCAAGUAUUCAACACCAAAUGUAACAGACAGCCUAUUAUCCUGAGCAUUAGCAGCCAGUGGUAGUUAUUUUAUGUCAAAUUUGGGUUUAUCUCAGGUUUGGUUGGCUGGCAAGAUAAAAUACAUUAAGAGUAAUAGGGCUGAAACAUAAAAUGGUUAGACCAGAAGGGAAGAGGGCCCAUUAAGACAGUUUAAUAGGAAUAAAAAUGAAAAGCCAUGACCACAAGGAUAAAGUAUGAAAUCCUGGUUCCAUCCCAGAUAAAAACAAAGCUUGCAUAUGUUUCUGUGAGGCCACAAUUUGGUCUAAAUGGGAAUUAGAAAGUAUCAUUAGGGUGAUAUGAUCAACAUUUAGUUUUUCACCUCCUAACUUCAAACAUGUUUCAUAAAAUGGAUAGGGAGAAUCUUACCCAGGCUGAAAAUUGGACCAAAUCUUCUUUCAAGCUGUCUCGACUGGCUGUCAACGUCCAUGUCUUUCCUGAGCCUUUCUUUCACAUGUGCUAAGCUGCUUGUUCUCCUGCUGCACCCCAUUCCCUCUCCAGCCCCAGUGACAAACCUCAAGCAACACAUUAGUGCUGCUUACCCAUUAAAAAACAUUAAGGAACUAACUUAAUGUUCUGGACAAGAAGAAAGAACAAGCAACACCUCACAUGCCUACCACCUGAUCCAUGUGUUCAUGUAGAACUAGUGCUGAGUGAAGAGGGGAGAGGCAUCUUAGCCGUGUGCUUUUGAACAGAAAAGACUCAACUGUACUUUUUAACUGCAUGCUUCAGUAUUUCCUGAGCUGUUUGGAACCAUAGAGUGUGCUGGGUUUACUAUUUUGAUUGCUACUGGUCAAAUGACUUAUGUAACCGCUGCCAGCACAGAUAAUUGCAAAUAUUGAACACACACUUCGAAAUUCAUGAAGGGCAGACUAGCUCAGCUCAUUACAUAUCAUAGUCAAAAGACAUAAUUUGCUGUGGGAGUUGAAAAUUUUAUGUUCUACUUAAUUAUCAUAACUUCCUUUUGGAAUUAUGUGUUUACCAUAAAUUACUUAAUGUAGCUCAGAAAUAACUGCAAAUAACAUAUAAAUGUUAAAAAUUCACACUCUAUUCUUGGGUUGUUUGGGACCAUGGAAAAAUAUAAUUUUUUUUAAAUGAAUUAUUCAUGGCAAAUUAUUUACUAAGCUCUUUUAACACCUAUUUCACUUGAAAUAGGUGUUCACUUCACUGUUCUUAAUCUUCAUCCUAUCUACAGUGAUUGCAAAUCAGGAGUUUCUUCACUAAAAAUGUAUUAACAGCUUCAUUUAAUAUUGAUAUGAUUAUAUGGAAAAUCAGGCUAUAUUUUCACAUAUGUAGCACAGACAGAAAGUGGAGGAAGUAUAAUCAGAUUUCUUCCGUUUACAAUGAUUUCCAGCCAUCACAUCACUGGCCUUAUGUUCAUUAGAGUGCACAUACCCAUCCCUUUGCUCAUACAGAUGAAAUCCACCCUUCAGAGUGACCAACGACCGGUCUCUCUAUUGCUCAUGACCCUGCGCAUGAGCAGGUUAGUGGAUUUUAAUUUGAAACUCUUCUUUAUUGGAUUCCAUGCCUCACUCCUGCAGUGUUCAACCAGUAGUUAUUGGCUAACUUAAAUGAUUUAUUCUCGGUGCUGGUGGAGUAGUAGGACUCAUGCAUAUAUAUCACUGGGUGGAAGAGAAUGAGAAAUGCCUGAUGUGUGCUUCUUUUAUGCCCAGUGGGCAGUAUCACACUGCACAUCAUGUUUGUCUCCUUCCUUCCUGCCUUUUCAGUGAUAUUCAUUUAUAGAUAAUAUGGUAAAAGCCUAACACAUCUGAAAAGGAAUGUGAGAUUGAGGGCAAAGACUCAUCACAACAAAAACUGAGUUUCUUUCAUAGCACUACCCAGUCGUCCCUACUGUUUCUUCUUCCUACCACGGUAGGUAUCUGUCCAAAACUACUGUGUAGUAAUCAGUGUGACAUAAAGAGUGUUUUUCUUCAAUGGUUGUGUAUUGAAAGUUGGUUAAGAGAGAGCUGCUGGUCUGUUUAGCCACACCUGCCUUUGUAAAGGUGGUGUUGUUAGAAGAUGGGCUAGUAGCCAGACUUCUGGUCACUGUGUACCACAGCUGGCUUGUUGGCCUUGCCAUGCACAGUAAUCUGUGUCUCUACAGGGCGGUACCUGGAGGCCUUUCGCAGUGCAAAUUCUGUACCUUGCAUGCUUGUACUCUUCUGUUUUGGUUAUGUAGGCAUCAUAAACAUGUUUGAAUAGAUGAAAAUGGAAGUUCUUUGCUCUUAAGAGUAAAGGAAGAGUAAGCAAGGGCAAUAUUAUCUUAAAAGCACUGCUUUUUGUACUUUGAAGCUCUUUGAUGCAAGGAUAACAGGUUGAGCUAGAACAUUGUUGUUGCCACGACUGCUUUCACUAAGGACAUUGUGCUGGGCUGGCCUGCAGCCCACAGCAUGAAGUGUGAAUGGGUGCAAGGUGGUCAGGUUAUGAGUGCUGGUGAGGCUCUUUGAGUCCUGCUCAGUGUGAGUGGUAGAAUUAAUCUGCCUAAAUAAUUAACAAUUGUUGUGUGAAUAAAUGUGCUGAUGAGAUGGAAAUUGGUGGGAUUGAUGGUGGCUGUUCACAAACAUGAUCAAAUCCAGAGCUGUAUUAAUUCCUGCUAUUGACCUUACAGUGAGUGUUUACAGAUACAAAUCUGGGAUUCCAUAUUUCAUUGUUCAAUCUCUAUUCUUUAUGUAUAGCAAAGAAUAAUUUCAACUUGACUUUAGAAGGAAGUGAGGAAGGAGAACAGGGCCAUGUGGCCGAAAUGCUAGUUCUUCACCCCUUCCUCGCUGUGUUUUUUAUAACGUGUGGUGGGAAACAUGGGAAAGGCAUUGGUGAAGCAGGUGAUGUGGAUGUAAUUUUCUGAUUGUUGAUAUGAAAUGCAGAAGUGCAAUGAGAGCAAAGCCAUGGAUUUUAAUUUCUAGCCCUCACAAGGAAGGAAUCUUCUGGAGAAUGGGUGAAAAGGCAUCCCCAGGGUGCCCUGCCAACAUCUUAAGCAUUCACUCAUUUGAAUGCAGAACCUGAAAGAGUUUUAUCUACAGUGGGGUUUCUGUGAUGUAAGGAUCUUUUUUCUUGAGGUAACUUGUGAGUUUAUGUGAAUAAGAUAAAUAUCCAUUAUGAAUGGGGGUCUCUGUGUGGGGAGCUUUGCAACCUACUGUCUUGAUAUUAGUAACUUUAUAACUAAAUCCAAGUUUUCUUGAGGCAAAUCUCCAAACUGUUGUCUAGCUGUCCAUCUAUCUGGCAGUUCGGUGUCAGUGCAGAAAUAGGUUCUGUGGGGACAGGUAGAUCACUCUUUGAAGUAAUUCAGAGAUAUAUUGAUGUAUUUUUUGUUUUACUUUGGUCAGGACACAGAAAGUGCCAUGAGUGCAGCAUCAUGGACACUGAUGAGGUGUUUUCUCUAGAAAAUAAACUCUAUAAACACUUUUUACUGCAAUUUUGUGGUUUAAGUCAGGAUUGUUUUGAUUUCCUAACUUUCCACUUGUAAAAUUUACAAGAACAAAACUCUCCAAGUAAAAGAUUUUACUUAAAUGUAUUUGCUUGUUCAUCCUGUAGUGGAGCUCUUCGUCCAAACACUUAGUGCAUUUAUAAAUGUUUCCUUUUUUUCUUUUUUUUUUUAAUUGGACUCUUUUCUUACUCAAACAUAAGACUCUUAUCUUUGUUAAAAAUUAGAAAGUUAACACAUGAGGCAUCACUGUGGAACAGUGGAACCUAGGACUCUGAUCUCUGCUAUCUCUGCUCUCAAGAUCUUUUUUUUUCUUUUUAAAACAGAAAUUCUGUUUUCAGACAGAAAUUAUCAAAAAUAAUCCAGGUAACAAAAACUAAAUAUGCCUCUGAGGCUCAGCUGAAGGAACAACUUGCUAACAUUCAUUGACAGACUUUCUGUUGACUGAUUUUCUUUUGACCCCUGACUUUUACAUUCCUUGCUAAAGAGUGGCCCACUCUCUGCCUUUUUACCUAGUAAAUGUUAUUUUUAGUUGACAGAAAACCCAAUGCAUUCUGAAGGAUUUGACCUGUCUGAGAAAUAUCCAUGCUAUAAGUUCUGACAGUGCAUGGGUAAUGGGGUGUUAAUUCGUGCCUUGUUAUGCCUAAAGUAAAGGGAAGAAUAUUAUGUGAAGUCAUACAGUAUGAUCUAUACCAUCAGUCAAAAUGGGAUAAUGUUUACAUUAUGCAUUAGAUGUUACAGAUCACAUUCCAGUUUUCAAAUCAUUUUGCAUCAUAGAAACAAAUGACCUUAUAAAAACUCAGUAAGAAAAACUCUUGACUAAAAUUCUGUUCUUGAAAAUACCAACACGGUGCCUGGAACUAUGCUGGGAUUCCUGUUUUCUCAGCUUCCCCUUGCUUUAAAAGAAUAGAAGUCAAACUCAGUGAUUUUGCACCACUACCUCAUUUUUAUCAUCCAUUAUUCACCAAUUGUUUCUAUAUGUUUACAGCAACCAUAAACAACACCAGUUUCUAGCUCCUAUGGUGCUCUUCUGAAAUGAUUUCUACCAUGGUGAUGCUGCUUAUGGGCAAGACUUGGCAUUCUGGUAGAGUAAAAGAAACACAUUAAAAAAAAAUAAAAAAUUGUUCUUUCUGUAUCUCUUCUCAGUGUGAAGAUCAUUCAUUUCCAAAAUCUGAGGAGGUACAGAGCUACAUGGUGGUACCUCUGCUCCUGUCGAUCUAUUCCUUACUCUCAGGGAAGAUCCUGGGAUCUUAGUGAGACAAGUUGUGAAAUGAGGUUUUUGAGCAGGUCUUAAAGGACGAAGUGGAGAUAUUGCAGUGAGGAGUGCAGUGAUACACGCUGUGGAAACAGCAAUGAAACUUCUGCCUACAAGGUAAUCUUUAUCUAAACAUUGUAAUAGCAGCAGAUAUUUUUAAAUUUGCAGCAGAUCUCAGUGAGGUUAAACCACUAUUCUGCCUUUUCAUCUUCAACGUUGGCUUAGCAGCACAAUGAGUUAUCUUUUUUCCUUCAUCGUCCUUUUUUUUUUUACAAAAUAUUUAGACAGGAGCUUUGUCCUUCUGAUACACAGUGAUUGCUGAAGGUGAAAUUUCUGUGCUCUUAUAGAAGCAUUGAGGGGACCAUCAGCAUCUGCAGAAGAAAUGA